AUGUCCGAAAUAAAUUAUAGCCUUUUUGGAGGAGCUGAAAGUCUUGAUGAAGGCAGAACACCCCCCUCCAAGUUCAACAGGGCACCACGACGGACAUUCGCUGUCAACGAAGGAGAUGAGAGUGUCAGAGACGAGUAUGCAUAUACUGCACUUCCUCAGGACCCAAAGGACUUUCUAUGGUUGAUGACGGAAGAACCACAUCGUUCACGAAGGAUGGCCAUCAUGAGGGCACACCCAGAGGUCACCAAGCUCAUGGGCCGCGAACCCCUGACAAAAUACGUUGUACUCUUCGUCGUGUCCCUACAAGUGACCAUUGCCAUCCUUAUGCGACACCACUCACCCCUCUCUCCCUUAUUCAUCUUCCUUGCUUACGCGAUUGGGGGCACCGCUAAUCACAAUCUGUUCCUUGCUAUCCACGAAAUCACGCACAACCUCGCCUUUCGCAGGAUAGCACCAAACAAGAUAUUGGCAAUUUUUGCCAAUUUACCCAUUGGCAUUCCUUAUUCAGCUGCGUUCAAGGGAUAUCACAUCGAACACCACAAAUUCCUCGGCCAGGAUGGCAUCGAUACGGACUUACCCACGAGGCUUGAGAUUAUUUGCCUCAACAACGUAUUGGGAAAAGUGUUCUUUGCGACAUUCCAAAUUCUCUUUUAUGCCCUCCGGCCGACCUUUGUUCGUGCCCAGACUUUGACCUAUUGGCACUUCCUCAACAUCUUGGCUCAAGUAGUCUUCGACUACAUGCUCGUCUCAACCUUUGGGACGAGGCCACUAAUUUACCUCAUCAUGAGUAGCUUUUUUGCAGGGAGCUUGCAUCCGUGUGCUGGCCACUUUAUUGCAGAGCAUUACCUUUGGGAUGGUCUUGAGCAAGAGACAUACAGUUACUAUGGACCGUUAAAUAUCCUGGCUUAUAAUGUCGGAUAUCAUAACGAGCACCAUGACUUCCCAUCUAUACCUUGGACACGCCUCCCAGCUUUGAAAGCUCUUGCCCCUGAAUUUUACGAUACUAUACCUUCACAUCCCUCCUGGCCCAUGGUCAUUGUGAAUUUCAUUCGUGAUAAAGAAGUUGGUAUCUUCGCGCGUGCUAAGAGAAUCGGCAAAGGACGAAGAAUUGAAAUCAGUGUUGCUGGCGGCCCUGGUGCAACGUCAGGCAUCUCAUGCAGUAAAAUUGUCGACCUGGAUGAUGAAGCCAUAGAUCAAGAAAUCGAAUCGAGCUCGGAGGGGGAUUUGACCGAGUCGGAUAAAAGCGAGUAG